AGGGCAUCCGUAAUAAUCUUACUAGUCUCAAACCAUUUUCAACAAAGUCUUUAGAAUGUAUCAUAUUAAUUCGAGAGUGCUGUUCUCCUGGAACAAUCAUUUGACAUCGCAGUUCAGUUCAUUUUCGGAGAUCCUAGUAUCUGAAUUGAACGGCAUCAAAGCAGCUGGGACGUGGAAAAGCGAGAGGAUCAUUACAUCCUCACAAAAAAAAAAGAUUUCAUUGACAAGCGGACAGGAAGUGCUCAACUUUUGCGCGAAUAACUACUUGGGACUAGCAAAUAAUAAGGAAGUCGUUGCGGCCGCUAAAUGUGCUCUGGACAAUUACGGAGCAGGAUUAAGUUCUGUGAGAUUUAUUUGUGGAACUCAAAGUAUUCAUCGGGACUUGGAGAAAAAAAUUGCAGAAUUCCAUGGACGCGAGGAUGCGAUCGUUUAUGCUUCCUGUUUUGAUGCCAAUGCUGGACUUUUCGAAGUCCUCACGACUUCAGAGGAUGCUGUGAUCAGUGAUGAGUUGAAUCAUGCUUCUAUCAUCGAUGGAAUCCGAUUAUGCAAGGCGAAAAAGUUUAGGUAUAAACAUAGAGAUAUGAAAGAUCUGGAACUUAAACUCGAGGAGAGUAAAACCUGCAGAUUGCGGGUAAUUGUGACGGAUGGGGUGUUCUCGAUGGACGGCAAUAUAGCCCCCCUCGCCGAAAUUAUAAAAUUAGCGAAAAACUAUAAUGCUAUCACAUUGGUCGAUGAUUGCCAUGCUACAGGAUUUCUCGGUAAAACUGGAAGAGGUACUGAAGAAUACUUGGACCAUCUCGGUCAGGUGGACAUAAUAAACUCUACAUUGGGAAAGGCUCUAGGGGGAGCAGCUGGUGGGUACACGACGAGCUCAAGAUCUCUGGUUAAUCUUCUGCGUCAGAGAAGUCGCCCCUAUUUGUUUUCAAAUUCUCUCCCACCUCCAGUCGUUGCUUCGGGGAUGAAGGCUCUGGAACUAGUGAUGAGUAGCUCAAAACUAAUAGACCAACUGAAGGAAAACACUCAACUGUUCAGGUCAGCCAUGGUCGCCAAGGGGUUUGUCAUCAGCGGAGAAAAUCAUCCCAUCAGUCCCGUGAUGAUUGGCGAUGCUAAAUUGGCUUCUCACUUUGCUGAUAAAAUGCUUGAAAGAGGAAUUUAUGUGAUUGGAUUCAGUUAUCCCGUCGUUCCCAGAGGAAAAGCCAGAAUUCGAGUGCAAUUGAGUGCAGUUCACACCAAGGAAGAUAUCGAUAGAGCUGUUAAUGCAUUCACUGAAAUUGGAAAAGAUCUUAAUGUUAUUUAAUUAUAAAAACGAAAUCAUAAUCAGUAAGUCGAUUUCUUUGUAAAGUAAUCUGGUAGUAAUCGUAGGGACAAGAUGCAUAAAUUUUGGGAGGAAACAAUUUUUCCACCUCAUUUUUUUUACACAUUACACUAAUAAAUGUUCCUAAGUCGCCUGUAA